CCUUCCGUAUUCCGGCAGCUACCUCCGUCCUGUCCGAGCAGCAGACGACAGGGAAACGGAUGACUUGUCAGCUGUUAAAAGUUAAAACCUGCUGACAGAAACUUUCCUAAAGGUGGUUCGGAAAAACAACUCUCCAAGGAGACAACUAGUUUGGAAGAUGCAGUGAUGAAGUUAACCUCCUAAGAGUGAAUCCACAUCCUAUAAAUCCGGCCUGGCUUCCUGUUCCAAUGUCCCACCUCCUCUGACUCCAGCUGAGAGCACCUUCUGUUGUACCAGCGGGCGGCGCUGGCUCUUCUCGGGGGGGUGUAGGUGGGGGGGGGGGUCCUGAGACCGGACAUGGACAGCCGAUGCAGCAGCAGCGCCGACUCACGGCGGACCGGCAGGGGGCCCGGGUCCAACAUCGGCACGCCCAUCGGCGCCAGAGGGGAUUCGUGCGAAGUUGGGGAGAAGAAGUGCAUCUCGGACGUGAGGAGGACCUUCUGCCUCUUCGUCACCUUUGACCUCCUGUUCAUCACAAUGCUCUGGAUCAUAGAGCUCAAUGUGAACGGCGGCAUUCAGAAGCAGCUGGAGAAAGAAGUCCUGCACUACGACUACCACGCCUCCUUCUUUGACAUCUUUCUCCUGGCUGUUUUCAGGUUUGCCGCCCUCAUCCUGGCGUACGCCGUCUGUAAGCUUCGCCACUGGUGGGCCAUCGCGAUCACCACGGCAACCAGCUGUGCUUUCCUCAUUGUUAAAGUCAUUUUAUCAAAGCUGCUCUCUCAGGGGGCCUUUGGGUACCUGCUGCCCAUCAUCUCCUUCGUGUUGGCCUGGAUAGAAACAUGGCUGCUCGACUUCAAGGUCCUGCCUCAGGAGAACGAAGACGAAAACAGAUAUCAGUCCAUCAUGGACGCCACAGAGCGAUUCCCCCCCCUGGGUCCAGGGCCUUUAUCUGACGGACAGUUCUACUCUCCACCAGAGUCCGUGGCAGACUCCGACGAGGAACUGGAUGAUAAACACGAUCCAGAAAUAGGACUCAUUCAGUAGCGAGCUAACAGGCUAUCCGUUCCUGAAGGUGAAGUGUCCUCCUAAUCCUGUUGUACUACCGAGGGAAAUCUCUGCCUUACACAUUCUGCUUUUUUAGCUUUGAUCUGCCUCUAAGACGUCUUUAUAUAAUCAUACUCACGAACACACCUCUGUUUCUGAUAUCCGCCUGCUGCAUGUGCACCUGGGCCUGGACAACAAAGUGCCGCUUAAAAGCAUUUAAUUAUCACGACUCGAUCAUUUUCAGGGUGUUUUUUUCCUCACAUUUAAUAAAACUCCGUAGCUUAGAGGGAAAUAAAUAUGAAUGGAUAUUUAUACAUUAAAGGACAUGUGUCUCAAAUGGGAAGAAUUUGAUUUCCAUAAGAAUUAAAUCAAUAAAUUGAGAUUCAAUUCAGUGUCAAAUCAAAAAUUCAAAGUGUUUUUUUUACAGUUCUUUCUUCUCUAAGGUUUUAAUGUCUUAUACUUCCAAUGUCAUGUUUACUUUUAAUGUGUUUAUCAUAUUUGUACAUGCUUGGGUUUGAAGUCACUGUAAAGAAGAAGAAAACAGGCUUGUUAAAUAGACUACAU